GUCCACAUCGGAGUAACCAAGGAUAUAUCGAAUAUAUCAAAAACCCACAAACUCGAGCACGAUUAAACCCAAAGACCCCCACUGCCGCCCAGUGCCAAGUGCCCAAGUGAACAUAAAUUCGUGCAAAAGUUUCCAAAAAAUCGCCAAAAUUACGCCCCACAUCGGUAUGCAGUCGUCGGAGGGUUCGCCAGACAUGAUGGAUCAGAAAUACAACAGCGUGCGCCUGUCGCCAGCGGCAUCAAGUCGCAUAUUAUACCAUGUGCCCUGCAAAGUCUGCCGGGACCACAGCUCCGGCAAGCACUACGGCAUCUAUGCCUGCGAUGGCUGUGCCGGCUUCUUCAAGAGGAGCAUCCGCCGAUCCCGGCAGUACGUGUGCAAGUCCCAGAAGCAGGGUCUCUGCGUGGUGGACAAGACCCACAGGAACCAGUGCCGAGCCUGCCGCCUGAGGAAGUGCUUUGAGGUGGGCAUGAACAAGGACGCAGUGCAGCACGAGCGGGGGCCCAGGAACUCGACUUUGCGCCGCCACAUGGCCAUGUACAAGGACGCCAUGAUGGGUGCCGGCGAGAUGCCCCAGAUCCCCGCCGAGAUCCUGAUGAACACGGCUGCUUUGACUGGUUUCCCCGGAGUGCCGAUGCCCAUGCCUGGUCUGCCCCAGAGACCCCAUCAUCCUGGCCACAUGGCUGGCUUCCAACCUCCCCCGUCGGCCGCUGCUGUCCUGGAUUUAUCCGUGCCCCGAGUGCCGCAUCACCCGCAUCACCAGGGCCACCACGGUUUCUUCUCGCCCACCGCUGCCUACAUGAAUGCCCUGGCCACCCGGGCUCUGCCUCCCACUCCUCCUCUGAUGGCCGCGGAGCACAUCAAGGAAACUGCCGCCGAACACCUCUUCAAGAACGUCAACUGGAUCAAGAGCGUGAGGGCCUUCACCGAGCUGCCCAUGCCGGACCAGCUCCUGCUGCUCGAGGAGUCGUGGAAGGAGUUCUUCAUCCUGGCCAUGGCCCAGUACCUCAUGCCCAUGAACUUUGCCCAGCUGCUGUUCGUCUACGAGUCGGAGAACACCAACCGGGAGAUCAUGGGCAUGGUGACCCGCGAGGUGCACGCCUUCCAGGAUGUCCUCAACCAACUGUGCCACCUGAACAUCGACAGCACCGAGUACGAGUGCCUGCGGGCCAUCUCCCUCUUCCGGAAGUCUCCCCCGUCGGCCAGUUCCACCGAGGACUUGGCCAACAGCUCCAUCCUCACCGGCAGUGGCAGUCCCAACUCCUCGGCCUCCGCUGAGUCCAAGGGUCUGCUGGAGUCCGGAAAGGUGGCUUCGAUGCACAACGAUGCCAGGAGUGCGCUGCACAACUACAUCCAGCGCACCCAUCCCUCGCAGCCGCUGCGCUUCCAGACCCUCCUGGGCGUGGUCCAGCUGAUGCACAAGGUCUCCAGCUUCACCAUCGAGGAGCUCUUCUUCCGCAAGACCAUCGGCGACAUCACCAUCGUGCGGCUCAUCUCCGACAUGUACAGUCAGCGCAAGAUCUAAGGGUCUGGACUACAUCGAGCAUAGCCUAAACGCCGCCGCACUCGAAGUGCCUUCCAAGUGCUGGGAACUGUGAUAAUCUCGGAAGAAGCGCUUUGGACAGUAUUCAAUCAGUGAACACAACGCUUGCACAUCUCCAGGAGUCGAGCCUUAAAAAUCACCUUAAUACCUUAUACUACUCGAAUUUGAGGAAUCCUAGCUAAAAGUCUCUCAGACCAUCCAGAUGUGUUUCAAAUUGCAUUCGCAAAAGUUUCAACUUUGCCUGUUAAAUACGUCGUAGCUUAGUUAUAAACCAGUUAGU